CAAAGGUAUGCGCCUUUACCUGCUCAAGGAGGAUCUCAGUACUUUGGAGACCAGUCGUAUCAAAUGGAAGAGAUUGUAUUGGAUACACUACACGACAAAGUUCGCAUUUAUAUUCAUCGUCGUUGUGUUUACCUGUAACCUGUUAGCAAAUAUAUUCUUGUAGCAUGCCCAAGCAGCAGAGCGUAAAGCGAACAUUCCUCGAACGUUUACGUGCUGCUUGGGUUAUAUGCCUCUCUCAUGUAAUUUUGUAAUUAAUAUAAAAUACUGCAGUCAUGCGUUACAUUUUCUCUAUGCACUGUUGUCCAGUAUUUACUAAAAAAUUCUAUAAUUUGGAAAAAACGAAGUAAUGGCGAUGUUACGUCCUGGGUGUCUCGGAAACUACGAAUUUCUUUUUUUAAUUAUAUGAUUGGGAAACAGACGGGCUUCAGGCAAGCUCUACUGUAACAAAAAUAAAAUUACAUUGGCAGACGCUAAACGUGCGUUAUAUAACUAAGUUAUCUUGCCGCCUCUACGUUAGGCACGUAUGUGUCCAUACUGGGUACCUAGAUAGCAGCGAAUUCCUACUUUUAUGAUUGUAAAACAAACAUAUUUGAACAAGCGCUGUUAUGGAAAAGAUACGAGUACGCGCCGCCCACAUAUGUCAUAAAGCUCCCGAUAGAGCUUCGAUUUAUCUACCUGUAUACACAGUCGGUAGAAGAGAGGCCGUUCUAUGCAAUUAGGUUCUUAAAAUUAUUUAUG